AUGGCAAAUCACCACGCAAAUAAUGAAGCUCUCAAGGCCGCUACCUUAUUUGAUGUAUCUCACAUCACAGCAGUCGUAACAGGCGGCGCAACCGGCAUUGGUCUGAUGAUUACCCAAGCUCUACAGUCCAACGGAGCCAAGGUCUACAUCACGGGUCGUCGUACAGAGGUCCUUGAGCAAACCCAGAAGACCUAUGGCACAGGUCCUGGAAGCAUCCAUGUCCUCCCUGGUGAUGUCAGCCAGAAGGAUGAGGCUAUCCGUCUUGCGGAGGAGGUAGGCAAGAAGGAGCCAAAAGGCAUUCACCUACUCGUUAACAAUGCUGGGAUUGCAGAGGAUGAUAACACCAAGUUCUCCUCAGCUGGUGAACCAGACACAACCGAUGCCAAAGCUCUCUCGGAGCACUUUCUCAAGACUGAGCCCCAGCAGUGGGCUGAUACAUUGAAGACAAAUGUGACUGGACCUUACUACAUGUCUAUGGCCUUCCUGCCGCUACUGGCUAGAGGUCGUGAUACCACUCCAGGUUAUUCCUCCCAAAUUGUCAAUGUCUCCUCGAUCUCAGGAGCUAUGAAAGGUUCCAGCAUGGGACAACCAGCCUAUGCUACCUCCAAAGCUGCUCUCACGCACCUCAGCCGCAUGAUUGCUACUCUCACAAAAGACAUCAAGGUUCGAGUUAAUGUCAUUGCACCAGGCUUAUUCCCCAGUGAAAUGACCACCGGAGAGUCUGAUGAGGGCAACAAGAGCAACAUUGACAAGAAGAUGACCAACCCCGCUGGGCGACCUGGUCAUGACACCGAUAUGGCUGCGACUAUUCUGUUCCUUGCUGGAAAGGGCGGAUUGUUUUAUAACGGCCAGAUAGUUUAUCCCGAUGGAGGUUCAACGCUCAUCAACCGAGCCAUUGCAAACUGA